UCACUGAAAUCUAUAGGACUUUAACUUUUCAGUCGAAUUUCCUCCUAAUGCACUGGAUUAUGAUUUGAAAUGAAGGUUUUGUCGGUCCUUUAUUCCACCUCAGAAGCCGAUUCGACCUUCUGUCUGUUCGUAUGUCAGAUGAGGAGCUUCCUCAACACUGGACCUGUUCCUUUACUCCAUCAGUCAUGGAUAAAAGGAACCAGACGUCCACCUCUAAAAGCUCCCUCACAGAAAUUUAUUACAUGAAAUGGACGUUGUGUCCGAGGAGCCGAACAUGUCCGUGCGUCCACUCAGGAGGAAUUCUGAGGGGAAGUUCAGUAGCAGAUCUCUCCGCCUCAACAACAACAUCAUCAGUGACCUGCAGGGCCUGACUGACACACUGCCCGCUCUCUUCACCGAGCCGAAACGCCUCGCCUGGCUUGACCUGUCCUUCAAUGACCUCUCUCACAUACACCCGGUCCUCACAGAGCUCACAGAGCUGCGGGUGUUGUAUCUCCAUGGUAACAGCGUGAGUAACCUGUCAGAGGUGGAUAAGCUGGGGACGCUGCCGUUCCUGCACACUGUCACUCUGCACGGCAACGCCAUGGAGACUGUGCAGGGCUACAGGGGAUACGUGAUCUCCGCUGUUCCUCACCUGAAGAUGAUGGACUUCAGUGCCGUUACCAAACAGGAGAGAGUCAUGGCCUCCAUCUGGCACCGGGGUGGGAGGGGCCUCAAAUCCACCAAGAAGAUCAAAGAGGACUGAGACAUCACCAUGGAAAUGGAUCUGAGCCCUUCUGUGAUUGACUGCUGAACACUGAUUAUAUAAACAGAACAACACUGUGAUCUUUAA